AUGGCAGCUGCAGUUGAUCUUCUCCAAAUUACUCAAAAUGUUACACAACCAAAUACAAACAAUAUGGAAGCAACAAUCAAACGAAAAAAUGAUAAGUUCAAGAACAAUCUCUUUAUUCAUGUUACACAUGAGGCAAGACUCAAAGGUUUAGCACGAGAAAUACAUAUUAUACAUGACAACCACUUCAAAAACACCGACUAUGGAGAAAUUAGAUUGAUUGUUGGUUUUCGAAAUAAUCCAAAUAUUGAAUUCGAACUUUCACGUAAACGACCAUCGUCAUCAGUAUUGAAAGAUCCAUUAAGAAAGAAACGAAAACCAAAUGGAAUCGACGGUAAUGGCAUGAAUACGUAA